AUGUCCAGCCCGGGGAGCCCUGGAGUGGAGUUUUCAACCACCACCGUCAGCUCAGUGGCCGUGCAGGCUGGGGACUCUAAAAUCGUUAUCGCCGUCAUAAAGUGUGGCAAAUGGGUACAACUUCAGCUUGCUGAGUCACAGCCCAAUAUUUUAGAAAUUGGUAGCAGUCAAGAUGAAACCAAAAAACUCCUUCAUGAUCAUGAACUUCUUUUGGCCAAGCUCAAGGCUCUGGAAGAUCAGGUGUGGGAACUCCUGCAGGAAGCAGACAAGACAGCUGAAGAGAACAAGGACCAGAGUCAGGUGUAUGACGCCAUGGCCAGCAGCCUUGGCGAAGCAUGGGCAGCCCUGGUCUCCAUGCUUGAAAGAAGAAGGGCGCUCCUCAGGUUGACCUCUGAGUUCUUUGAAAAUGCCUUGGAGUUUGCUAUUAAAAUAGAUCAAGCUGAAGAGUUCCUCCAGAACACUCAGGAGUUCGAGACUGCCGAGUCCUUAAGGUCACUUCUUCAGCUUCAUGAACAUCACACCAAAGAACUCUUAGAACGGUCUCUAGUGCUUUUAAACAAAAGCCAACAACUCACUGACUUCAUCGAAAAAUUCAAGUGUGAGGGACCUAAUGUAAAUCCUGAGUUGAUUCAGGGAGCUCGGAAUAGCUGCCUGAAGAUUGACAGUCUUCUGGAACUUCUACAAGACAGGAGGCGGCAACUAGACAAGUACCUGAAGCAACAGCGGCAGGAAUUGAGUCAGGUUCUGCAGAUAUGUCAGUGGGACCAACAAGAAAACCAGGUUACUUGUUGGUUUCAGAAAACCAUAAGAGAUUUACGGGAACAAAGUCUCGGUUCAUCACUUUCAGAAAACGAGGAGCUAAUCCGUAAGCAUGAGGAACUAAAAAUAAAAGCAAAGGAAUGGAAUGCCGCUGUUGAGAAGCUGAAGAGCGAGGCACUUGAGAUUCUGCUGUCCAAGGACCACGUGGAGAAAGCACACCUACAGCUGUCCAACCAGAAGCUGAAUCGGCUUCAAGAGGAAUUUGGUCAGCUCAUGGCAGAGAGGAAAACCUGGUUAAAAGAGGCGAAUGAUUUCUUCAACAGCGCCAACAAGGCGUUUGAUGUACUUGGAAGAGUCGAGGCUUACCUUAAGCUCCUUAAGUCAGAGGGUUUAAGCCUGCCUGUCCUGGCAGCCAGGCACGAGGAAUUACACGGAGAAAUUAAAGGCUGCUCUGCUGAUGCUUUGCAAAAGGGACAAGCCUUAAUCAGCCAAGUGGACUCCUGCAGCUCCCGGGGGAUGACCGGCGUCCAUGAGAUGAUGGGAUGCAUCCAGAGACAAGUGGAUCAUCUGACCGGACAGUGUUCAGCGCACAAGGAGUUUGCUCUCAAGAAACAACAGUUAGCAGCCUCGGUGGAGGGCUACCUGAGGAAGGUGGAAAUGUCAAUUCAGGAAAUCAGUUUAGUACUUUCCAAUGCCAUGGAUGUCGGUUCCAGCCUUUCUGAGUCAGAGAAGAUUUUGCGUAAAUAUUUGGAAUUAGAUAUCCAAGCUAAGGAAGCAUCACAUGAAUUAGAAGCAGCCACGAAACUUAUGACAGAGAAAAAUGAAUUCGAACCUGAUGAAGUGGCAUCACUUUCUUCUAAAGCUAAAUGGCUGGAGGAAGAAUUAAACAUACUUGGCCAAAGCAUCGGCUCCAGGUCCCAGGUCCUGCAGACCUAUGUGGCAUUUUUAAAGUCAUCAGAGGAGGUGGAGGAGCAAUGUGAGCGUCUGAAGGAGUUUUACCAAAUGGAAAGCCCGAGAAAGGAAGAGGACUCUGCGGAAGCCAGGCACUGGUCUGACUCAGCUGAGAAGCAAUGGCAGCUCUUCUUAAAAAGGAGUUUUUUAGUUCAAGACCUAGGGCUUGAGUUCCUUAAUUUGAUAAAUAUGGCAAAAGAGAGUGAAAUAUUAAAUGUGAAAAAUAAAGUGCACAUGACGGAGAACACUAUGGAAAGUCAGAAGGCAGAAAGGGAAGAACUCGGCCGCCUUCGGACGGCAUGGCGACUCAGAGCCGCUGCAAGCAAGCCGGUGAAACAGCAGUGGGAAGCGUUCAAAGAGCAACUGAGAAAGACUACUCACAACUUAAAACUUCUUCAGGAAGCACUCAUGCCUGUGUCCGCACUUGACCUUGGUGGGAGCCUCCAGACUAUUCUAGGUCUGAGGAAACACUGGAAGGCAAUGAAGCCUCAGUUCCAGCAACUGAAUGAUGAGGUCGAAUACAUUGUAAAAGAAUCAGAAGAGUUAAAUGGCAAAGGUGCCCCUGUGAAAGAGAAGUACGAACAUCUGAAGGACCUCAUUCAACUCCAUCAAAAACAGAAAGAGAGGAUCCAGGACUAUGAGGACAUCCUGUAUAAGACAGUCCAGUUCCACCAAGUCAAGGAAGAGCUUGAACAUCUCAAAUCAAGAGAAUUGGAGUUCCUAGAGCAGCCAAAGGAACUGGAUAACGCGCACAAUGUCCAGGUUCGCCUCCGUCGCUCUCAGGAAAAGCAGGCACAUAUAGACCAUCUCCACAAACUGGCCCUUUGCCUGGGAGUGGACAUCAUCUCCUCAGUGCAGCGGCCGAGCUGCGCUAAUGUGUCUGCAAAGAACCUGCAGCGGCAGCUGGACAUCCUUGAGGGGGAGAGUGUGGACUGGCGAGCCAGAGCCGAGGAGCAUGGGCGGGCCCUGGCCGGCAGCUUGCAGUACUGCGCCACGAGGGAUGAGAUAAACGAGCUCAGAGAGUCAUUCAAGGAUAUCAAAAAGAAAUUUAACAAUUUGAAGUUCAAUUACACUAAGAAAAAUGAAAAAGCUAAGAAUCUGAAGGCUCUGAAAUAUCAAAUUCAACAAGUUGAUAUGUAUGCUGAGAAAAUACAGGUUUUGAAAAAGAAAAUGGAAAAAGUUGAGAACAAGACUUCUGAAUCUUUCUUAAAUUACCCAAAUAGUAAAGUUACAGUUCUUUUGGAAGCCAUGAAGGAUUUGAAAAAACAUGUGGAUGAGUUUGAUAAAGUUGUAACAGAUUACAAGAAGAAUUUGGACCUGAUUGAGCACCUCCACGAGAUGAUAGAAGAGUGUCAUUUUUGGUGUGAUGAUGCAAGUGCCACAGUUGUAAGAGUUGGAAAAUAUUCCACGGAAUGCCAGACCAGAGAGGCUGUGGAAAUCCUCCACCAGCAGUUCAAUAAGUUUAUCACGCCUUCAGUGCCUCAGCAAGAAGAAAGGAUCCAGGAGAUCAGUGACCUCGCUCAGCGAUUAUAUGGUUUUGAAGAAGGACAGAAAUAUACUGAAAAAAUUGUGGCAAAACACAAAGAGGUUCUUGAAUCUAUUACUGAAUUAUGCGGCUCUCUCACUGAGCUUGAAGAAAAGCUGAAGCAGGGAGGUGCUGUAAAGAUGAAUCUGAAUUCGGAAGUCUUCCACGACGAUUGCAUUGACCUCUUGAAAGAACCAGUGAGAAAUAAGCAGACAAUUUCCAAUGAAGAAAUGAAUAAGGAGCAGGUGCAGGGGGCAGGAAUUCUGCCCGUCGAUGGCGCAGGUGAGGCUCCGCUACCCCAGGACCUGCCGCGGCUCUCCUCUGGCCAAGAGAGCGGCGCCCCAGGCCUGCCCCUGCCUGCGGACACGCUUCCUGCGGAAGAACACGAGUGUGUCUCACCCGACGACAUCUCCUUGCCUCCACUGCCAGGGAGCCCCGACUCCCCCCUCGCACUGUCCGACAUGGAGGUAGAAGAACACGCCAGCCCCUCUCUCAGCCUUCACGUGAGCAGCCACAGGAUGCAGAUGGAGGCCAGGAGGCCAGGGGAGGCCCAGGACCGUGGCCUUCCUCCACCUGCUGCUUUUGCUGAUACUUGCAAUGAUGAGAGAGACACAUUUUCAAGUCAUUUUGAGAAGCCUUCCCCCCAGUUCAAAGCUGAGCCCCCAAUCCCCUGCAGAGGGUUUCUGGAACAGAGCACAGCCAUCUGCAAAACCCAUGCUGACCAUCCUGGGAGCAUGCCGAGUGGAGUGCAUGAGGGAGCUUGCCAGCAGCACCCGCGGGCUCGGGAGAGUGUGCUAGAAACACGGGAGGAGAUGCAUGCUGCUAAUAACGGCACUAAACACCGAGACAGGCUGCAUGCUUCCCAGGACGCGCCCUCGGGCCUCGGCUUUCAAUUAGGCCCCAGCCGGGUCCAUCAGAGGCAAGUGGUUUCCCAGGAAGAGAUGAAAAGUACGUCAGCCAAGAACAGCGUGGUCAGCCUCGCUGGCCAGGCACCCAGUUUCUCCCGGCUCCAGUCUAAUGUCACUGUCGUGGAAGGUUCUCCAGUGACUUUGGAAGUUGAAGUAACAGGAUUUCCAGAGCCUACACUGACAUGGUACAAGAAGGGCCAGAAAUUGCCUGCCGAUGGACACUUACAGGUUUUGCACAAGGAGACAAGACACGCGGUGUUCAUUCCAAAGGUAUGCCGGGCAGACGCAGGCCUCUAUGUGGCACGGGCCCAAAACGCUAGUGGCAUUCUCUCUUCCAAUGUCAUCCUCCACGUGACAGGUAACCACAGGCCGCCCAUCACAAGGAUAAACUGGAUAAUGCUGUGCGUCAUCUAUGUGAGUGUGUCGUUCGUGUACUGGCUGCUCAGACAGUAA